CUAUAUAUUUACUCUUCCAUCAUGUUUCCAUCCGCAGAGAACGUUGUGUAACAUUAGUUUAUAUUCUGUUAAAUAUAUAACGUUGUCUCUGUGAAACAAUAACGGCAUUUGAACUAGUAAUGCAUACGGAUCUGUCCCCUCAUUUACACACUCCGGAAUGUAAUAGUCUCAUUGAUUUAUUAAAAAAGUGUCACGACGAGAACAAAUUUGCCAAAUUUUUUGGCGCAUGUAACACCUUCGACCAGCAAGUAGUCGUGUGUCUCAAAAAGGAGCGCCAGGAAAGAAGUCGACGGAAUCGAGAGCAAGCUCGUGAGAAACACCUUCAAAUACGGGAACGGAUGCGACAGCUUGAUGCGGAAGAGGCAUCGAAAAACUAA